CAGUCGCAAAGAUCAGCCGGCCGCCCAGCGCGUCUGCGCCGCCGCACUAAAAUCCCAAACGCUCGCGCCGCGGGCGGCCAGCGCGAGCAAUGGCUGCCCAACCGCCGCGUCCACCUCCCAACAACCUGCUCUUCAGCGGGCCCCCACCCUCCUUACCGCGAGUAGUUUUAUUACCUAGUGACCCUACUGUGCCCCGAACUACUUACGAUGCGUUGCAUGCUGUCCUUGACCAAAGCAACAAUGUAGAUGACUUGGACGAAAUAAACAACGUGGGUGUGCCCAACUAUGAUGAACUGUUUAGUGAUCAAGAAGACAAGCACGUGUUCGAGAGAGAUCAUGCAGCUGAACAGUUUCAUACGUUCAAUUUUAUACGACGAACGCGUAGUUUUGAUAUUUCGGAUAUUUAUGAAACCACAUAUGAUAGCGAUUUAGGUGAUAGCGUUUUCAGACACCGUCGUUCUGAACCAGAUUUAUCAAAGUAUGGUCUGUUUCUUGAAACAGAAAUAGCUAUGCAACCUUUACAACCCCCUCCACUUGUGUUAAACAAUCCUUUUUAUGAAGGUGCAUAUGCUAUAACUCCUGACGACUUAAGUGAGAAUAUAGUUGUUGUAUUACCAGAAAAUUAUUUAGCCUUUGAAGAUUCUUUUGUGCCUACAUGGGAAUACAAGCCAGAAUUUAUCGUAAACCCAGAAUUAAAUUCUGGUCUAUAUCAUGAUGGACUCCCGUUAAUACCUCCUAAUGAUCCAUGGUCUGCGUAUGGAAACCGGAACAAUUUGUUCCAGUAUUAUACACCUCAGUUUGAAAUACCUUCUGAAGAAGCUGGUGUGCAAUACAUGCGUUUAAGUGAUUUAGAAUAUGCUAAUUUACCGCAAUACAUGAGUCUUCCAGUGGCCGAGCAAGUUACACAAAUUGAAUCACAUUCAUCUACCGAUGAAAUUAAAGAAAGUGAAGUAAAGCAGGAUAACCUGAGUAACGAUUGUGAUGCUCCAAAGGAAAAUGAUAAUAUUACAACAAAUCCACAAAAAGGAGCAAUAUCUGAGACAGUUACAAUCAAUACAUUCAAUGACGAAGAUAAGCUUAGCAUCGUUGAUUCUAAUAUAAACAGAGAAUCUUCUCUCAGUGAAGAUCUUGAAUCUUUCAAUGCAGACAUUUCUAAUGACGUGACCUCUAGUUUAGCAUACAUGCCCAGUAGCAAAAGUUCACAAAGGAACUGUGGAAGUGACGAUACAAGUGACGACACUUCUCCAUGUUCAACUGACUAUCAUGAAGCUUCUGCUCUCGAUUUAGCUCAAAGUUUAGAUGAACUAUCUUGUUGUGAUAGCACUGAUUUUUCUCAAAGUAGAGAUGAAACUUCUCCAAUGAAUGAAGAUUUACUUGACGAUAAUAAAACAGUGCCUAGUUUAGUUAAAAAUGAAUGUAAUGGAGCAAACAAAGUUAAUCCAGUGGCUAGUAUACCUCUCAAUCAAUUACCCUCCAUUCCAUUAGAAAAACAUUUGCCCCAGAAACUCCCAAUAGUGCCGCAUAGUAUUAAAGAUAAGGAAAAAACUUUACAGACCGCUUCGAAUUCUCAAUGUUCUAGUGUGGUCGCGUGUGAACCAUUAGUAUCAAAAAGUGUCAAAACAAUACCUAGUGUAGCUAACGAAAACAACAACUUUAAACCUGUGACUCCUAAUACCACGCCUAUAAAUAAUGUAGAAAUUGUCAAAUCUGCAACAGUCAGGCAUCAUCCCCAUCCUCCAGCCGUGCCACCAGCCUGGUUAACCAAAACGGUGAAACAUGAACGCAAGCCGCAAGCCAAUUCAGUGCAAGGAGUGCCACAAAUACUAGUCCACAAUGCGGAAGGAGAAAUGAAACAACACAAUAACAGUGCUUCAUCCGCUACACAACGUUCAGUUAUAGUGAUUCAACCAACGUCUGAACCUCAGCCGUCGUGUUCGUUUACACAGCCAUUGCCGCCUCUCCCGGCGCAACCUUCGCAACUAAAACCUGAUAAACAACCGAAAGAAGUAGAGAGCUCCCGGGCACGCUCCUCCGUCAAGGACGACAAGGACGGACACCUGGUGUACUGGCCCGGAUAUGUCAUGGGAGCGAGAUACAAAAUCAUCGAGACUCUCGGUGAAGGCACCUUCGGCAAGGUGGUCGAGGUGAAGGACUUAGAAAUGGAGCACAGGAUGGCUCUGAAGAUAAUUAAGAACGUUGAGAAGUACAGAGAGGCUGCAAAAUUAGAAAUUAAUGUUUUAGAAAAAUUAGCUGACAUUGACCCUGACUGUAAAAAUUUAUGUGUUAAGAUGUUAGACUGGUUCGAGUACCACGGACACAUGUGUAUAGCAUUUGAGAUGCUUGGACAAAGUGUAUUUGACUUCCUGAAAGACAACAACUAUCAACCAUACCCCCUGGACCAAGUCCGGCACAUCGCUUACCAGCUCAUCUACAGCGUGCUGUUCCUGCACGACAACAAACUCACGCACACCGACCUCAAGCCCGAGAACAUCCUGUUUGUUGAUAGCGACUAUGAAGUUGUCAGUGUAUAUAAUAGUUUUAAGAAGAAGCAUGAAAUGCGUCGCGUAAAGCGCAGUGACGUGCGUCUCAUCGACUUCGGCAGCGCAACCUUCGACCACGAACAUCACAGCACAAUCGUCUCGACGAGGCAUUACAGAGCGCCCGAGGUUAUAUUAGAGUUGGGAUGGUCUCAGCCGUGCGACGUGUGGUCUAUUGGCUGCAUCAUGUUCGAGUUGCAGCAGGGCAACACUCUGUUCCAGACGCACGACAACCGCGAGCACCUUGCCAUGAUGGAACGCAUCCUGGGGCCUAUCCCCUGCAGAAUGGCAAGGAAAACGAGAACAAAGUAUUUCUAUCAUAGCAAAUUAGACUGGGAUGAGAAAUCGUCGGCUGGCCGAUACGUCAGAGAGAAUUGUAAACCAUUAUCGAGGUACCUGCAAGGCAACAGUGAAGAACACAGACAGCUAUUCGAUCUGAUCGCGCGCAUGCUAGAGUACGACCCCACGCAACGCAUCACGCUUCGCGACGCGCUCAAACACCCCUUCUUCAGCAAACUACCAGUACACCAGAGGCUAGGAUUCCAGUUUACAAGGCCAUCGUUUCUUAGGCAAUGACCGCGCGCGGUGCAACGGUGAGAGCUCGGGGUCACGUGAGCGCUCGCACUCGCUCAGCAGGUGAGGCACACGCGCAGCCACCCGGCGCCACGCCGGGCCCUGAGCGUGCCCUGACCGCAUCGCAGCGGCCGGACCGGACCGGACCGCGACCGGCUCGACUAUACAUACAUGUACAUUUGUUAUGAAGUGAUAAGUGAUAUAAAUUGAACUGCGUAAUAUAGGCUUUAUUUUGUUGUGAAUCGGUACUUCUCAAUUUGUAUUUAUAAAAUAAUUAAUUAACUACUUGAAUAAAGACUGUUGGUCUGUGAGA